CUCGGUACUUAAAGCGCCUUGGCGGGGCCGAGGCUCGUCAGUCUAAGCGCGCGGCGGCGGCGGCGCACAGUGGAGCGAGGCGCGGCGGCGGCGAGGAGCGGGAGGAGGGGCAUGGAGCCGCCGCGGGCCUGCUGAGCACCAGAGCGCGGGCAGCCGGCGGCACGAUGCCGGUGCAGCUGACAACAGCCCUGCGUGUGGUGGGCACCAGCCUGUUUGCCCUGGCAGUGCUGGGCGGCAUUCUGGCAGCUUAUGUGACAGGCUACCAGUUCAUCCACACAGAAAAGCACUACCUGUCCUUUGGGCUGUAUGGUGCCAUCCUGGGCCUGCACCUGCUCAUCCAGAGCCUAUUUGCCUUCCUGGAGCACCGGCGCAUGCGGCAGGCAGGCCGGCCACUGAAGCUGCCCUCCCCACUGCAGCGCUCAGUGGCGCUCUGCAUCGCCGCGUACCAGGAGGACCCCGACUACUUGCGCAAGUGCCUGCGCUCGGCCCAGCGCAUCGCCUUCCCCGAUCUCAAGGUGGUCAUGGUGGUGGACGGCAACCGCCAGGAGGAUGCCUACAUGUUGGACAUCUUCCACGAGGUGCUAGGUGGCAAUGAGCAAGCCGGCUUCUUUGUGUGGCGCAGCAACUUCCAUGAGGCGGGUGAGGGCGAGACGGAGGCCAGCCUGCAGGAGGGCAUGGACCGUGUGCGGAAUGUGGUGCGGGCCAGCACCUUCUCCUGCAUCAUGCAGAAGUGGGGAGGAAAGCGAGAGGUCAUGUACACGGCCUUCAAGGCCCUUGGUGACUCUGUGGACUACAUUCAGGUGUGUGACUCUGACACUGUACUGGAUCCAGCCUGUACCUUCGAGAUGCUUCGAGUCUUGGAGGAGGACCCCCAAGUAGGGGGAGUUGGGGGAGAUGUCCAAAUCCUCAAUAAGUAUGACUCCUGGAUCUCCUUCCUGAGCAGUGUGCGGUACUGGAUGGCCUUCAACGUGGAACGGGCUUGCCAGUCCUACUUCGGCUGUGUGCAGUGUAUCAGUGGGCCCCUGGGCAUGUACCGGAACAGCCUGCUUCAGCAGUUCUUGGAGGACUGGUACCAUCAGAAGUUCCUAGGUAGCAAGUGCAGUUUUGGGGAUGACCGGCACCUCACCAACCGAGUCCUGAGUCUCGGCUACAGGACUAAGUACACAGCACGCUCUAAAUGCCUCACAGAGACCCCCACCAAGUACCUCCGGUGGCUCAACCAACAGACCCGCUGGAGCAAGUCUUACUUCCGGGAGUGGCUCUACAACUCUCUGUGGUUCCACAAGCACCACCUCUGGAUGACCUACGAGUCAGUGGUCACAGGUUUCUUCCCCUUCUUCCUUAUUGCCACAGUCAUACAGCUUUUCUACCGUGGCCGCAUCUGGAACAUUCUCCUCUUCCUGCUGACAGUGCAGCUGGUAGGCAUCAUCAAGGCUACCUAUGCCUGCUUUCUUCGGGGCAAUGCAGAGAUGAUCUUCAUGUCCCUCUACUCCCUUCUCUACAUGUCCAGCCUCCUGCCAGCCAAGAUCUUCGCCAUUGCUACCAUCAACAAGUCUGGCUGGGGCACUUCUGGCCGAAAAACCAUUGUGGUGAACUUCAUUGGCCUCAUCCCUGUGUCCAUCUGGGUGGCAGUCCUUUUGGGGGGACUGGCCUAUACAGCUUACUGUCAGGACCUGUUCAGUGAGACGGAGCUAGCCUUCCUGGUCUCAGGGGCCAUCCUGUACGGCUGCUACUGGGUGGCCCUCCUUAUGCUGUAUCUGGCCAUCAUCGCCCGGCGGUGUGGGAAGAAGCCGGAGCAGUAUAGCUUAGCUUUUGCUGAGGUGUGACAUGGCCCCCAAGCAGAGCGGGAAAAGUGCAAUGGGUAAGGGAGGGAAGGGGAAUGGACGAGAACACAUGGGGUGGGAGGGAAGAGGGAGUGCUGUUUCACUUUCUUAAUGGUCCAAAGGACAAACCUGAAGUGCAAAGAACGCUGACUGUAGUAUGGCCUGGGACAGUUGGGCUUAGAGGAGGCAAGGCCAGCUCAGGUGGGAGGAAGGAGGGUUAUAUGUUUUCAGGCUGCCUGUCUGCUUGCCUCUGCACAUACAGUGGCCCCUGGGAAGGAUUCUACUUCCUCCCCUGGGAUCCAGAGGGAGCUCAGACAUGUGCUAAACCAAACAGUAAGUUCUACUCAGUGGCAACUUCUGAUAGGUAAGUGGGAGGUGGUGGGAGUUUCUGAGACCCAGGCCAGCUAGUCAUGUGUUCUCCACCCUCCUCCCCAUCCAAUGAUCAAUGCAAUCAGACUGUGCCUGAGAUAAGGCAUCAGAAAACAGGGUCCAGGAAUGGUGCUUUCUUAUAUACCCCAUUCCACAGCUCAACCUCCCAAGGAGGAGCCAGUCUAGCAGGGAGUUAGCAGUGAACUGCUUUCGAGUGUGUGUAUAUAUACGUUUAUGUUAAAAAGGAAAAGUUUGCCAGGAGGAACAAACAUUGGUGGUGGUGCUGAAGGCUUUGAGCUGAAUGUAUUUUACCUGUCAAGUGCCCAGACAUCUAGAUUAGCUUGUCUGUGAUCUCUGCUGGGGAGAUGAAAUGUUUUGGUCAUCUGCCAGGAAGAUGAAAUCCCAAUGUGCUCAGAAAGGGAGUGAAGGCUCGGGUAUUUCAACCUGUAUACUCUUGAAUUCUCUCACAUUCAGUUCUUGAGUCUUAGCCUACUCGCUUCACUUCACUUCAGAGUGAUAAAGUCACUUGUUCGACUCUCCUCCUCAUUGGGUAAGUCUUCUCAGGUGGCGAGUGAGAGAGCCUAGACUCUCAUAGGUCCCCCCCCCCCACGACAGGCAAGCCUGCCUUCAGCAUGUGAGGGGAGAACUAUUAAGAGCCUCUGACCCAACUGGCUGGUCUUGGAACUGCCUGGACAAGUUCCCUGGCGGCUAGGUAGCACGCACGACUUAAGAGUUCCUGACAAUCACCUCUAAUGGGAAGCUUUGCAGUGUUCCCUAAGUGAACCCUCAAUCCAAGUCCAUUCUCCUCAGUGGCUUCUCCAGGGAGUCCUGACAGCCAAGUGUGGACAGUUACUGCUGCACUGGCUUGCUUCUGUCCAGAAACCAAACUAGGAGAUGAAACUGGUUCUGAAAUCCUAAGGUUCUUACUUUCUCUCAUCCCUCUUGAAGCUGUUUGAUUUCCCUCUGCUUUUUUUUUGGGGGGGGGGCAUUUUCUAUAGAUCUGCAAUCCAUAGACUGUUCUGAGCAGUUGGGUUCAACCCCUGGGAUCCUGACUAAGCCUUUGACUUAGGGUUUGCUCAAACAGGCUGAGAGGGACCUGCUGACCCCUCAGAACCAGCACAAAGGUGGAGAGGAGUUGGGGGGGGGGGGUGCAGGCCUCUAGAAUGCCCAGAUGCUUCCUACAAAGGAAUGUGUGCUCGGAGCCAAGGACUGGCAAACCCUGGUGCUUUCCUUCAUCUCCCGUGAACUCGAGGGUUUUCCAGGGGCAGCCAACACUGCUGCAUGGCACAGACCUCAAGUUCAAUUCAACUGCUGGUUGACAUAGGGCCCAGUCCAUGAAGGCUGGGAGGAGGUGGCAGGCAUUUGCUCAAGUCAGUUGUUCCAGGCUCUUCCGUGUUUUUGCUGGCCAAGAAGUAAACUAUUUUGAGCACUACAAUGGAGGAAAUCCGGUCAGCCAACUGCAGAGCUCAGACUUCACUGAGGGCUUGUUUUUCUUCAGCUUUUACUUGAAGGUUAAUGUAGAAUGGAUGCCCAGAUGGAGAACUCUGGGCUGUCCUCCCAUCAGCUCUGCCUUGCUCUGCGGUUAUCAACUUCCCCCAGAUCAAGAGUAGGCAGGUACAAGUAGUGGGUUCACAACGCUUGACCUCGACUGGUUUUUUCCUAAGUUAUUUUGUACAUUUUUCAGCAGCGAAACCAAACUGGGUCUUGAGCUUUAUUCCCAUUUCUUGAAAGGGAAGAGCCUUUAUACAAUUGGACACAUUUUGGUUUUUUCCUGAGAAUUUUAACCCUCUUUUGUAUUAUUUCUACAAUAAUUUGUAAACGUAUUUAUUUUUACCUUUUUUUUUUAAAUUUUACUUUUCAGGUCAAAUUUUUUAUACUGUACUUGUUUGUCAAAAUAAAGAUUCUCACAUAAUGCUGG